CUGCUGUUGGUUAGCCCCCCCCUAUAAUGUGCUUUAUGACACCCUGACAUCACGCAUACUGUAUGUGUGUGAAGGGGGUCGACUCCUUAAGGAGGCUGCCUGAGGAGACGCAGCUGCUUGAUGCCCAAAGUAUGAAUGUAAAGCAGCCUGAUUCCUCACCGGCUUGUGUAAACGGGAUCAGAUGAUUUAAUGGAAGCAGAUGUUUUCAAGGAGAUUUUGGAUUCACCUUCAAACGGGGUCAAUGAAUGUUGCCAACCUUCUGCUGAUGAAUAUAAGAUACUAAACAAGCCUUGUUUUUUCCUUGCUGGUGAAUCUCGUGUCCCGUCAGAUGAUCCUGCUGACUGCUGAACCCGGUCCAGACCUCCAGGCCACACAGAGAGAGAACAGAAACAGAUAUUGUUCUUUUUAAGCAGUAUAACUUUAGACGUCCGUCUGGCCGGGGUGCGGAGCAGAGCGACGGGGGAGGCGGUAAAUUUAUGGGUCAUCAUCUGUUUUUGGGCGCGUGCGCCCUUCAAGGUUCAAAAAGCAGGACGUGAUGAUGCAACUCCAUGAGCCCCAGCAGCCAUUCACAGCCAUGCUGUUCAAAGCAGACAAACACUUUGCACAUUUGCAAAUCGCAUAAAUAAGCAGCCUUUAUUUUUUUAACAGAUAUCUAACGUUUAUAGAGGAGUUGAUCAUGAUGAGGAAGCUCUCUGUGUUUGUCAGCCAUCACUUUAAUAGUGUGGAAGUCAGACUUUAUUUUUUUUAUAACUCCAUAUUUCUUCAUAUUUAUGGCUCCUCUGUGCCUCUGAUUGUCGCAGUGAUCAUCUCUGAGAUGGAUGUGCAAAGUGUUCUUAUAGUCCUUGUGGGUUUAGUCUGGGUCGGGUGUAUUUAUAGACUAAACAUCAUUUACAGUUUCUUGGUGGACUUUCUUUUGCUUCACAGAUAAAACGCCUGCUUACUAAAGCGUGUUGGUGGAGCCAUAAUGAUACCCAGCAUUGAGCUGAAAUGAUUCCUCUAUUAAUCCAUUAGCCCAUUGACGAUUUAUAUCAAUUAAGUCGUGGAAGAAGCAAAACUGCUAAAAAUGUCUUUUUGCUUGGACCGGUGUCAUCUUUAAACCUUUAAAUGGUCCUCUUCCGUAGUCCUUCAGAGGCGGGAAACAUCUUCUCCUUCACGCCUUUAAAUCAAACUUCUAUCUUCACAGACUCCACUUUAUUUAUUCACGCUUCUCCUCUCCAAGGACGACGCGGCAUCAGCGAGCGGCGUGUCGCCCCUCAAUGUGAACCUCCUCGUCUCCGACCCGCCUCAGGAGAAACCGUAAAGCCGAACGAGGGGCGGCCGUGGGAGCGAUGUUUGUCGAUGGGAUGGCGUUGCGGCUUUCAUGUGCUUGUCAAAGGGACGGAGUAUUCAUCAGGAGGGCCGAGGGGCUCUUUAAUCUGGUAGAUUACGCUCCUCACAGGCGGCUCAGGUGCAGGUUGAAGUAAACAGAGAUUUACUGUUUGUGUGGACGGAUGAAAGAAGACGGAGAACACGAUGUCUGUCAGAGCGGGUUUUAGAGGGAACGUAAAGGGAUAGUUUGGAUGUUUUGAGGUUUUCACUGUGUUACCUUGAUGUCAGACGGGGAACUGAACUGAAGGUGAAAAGUUGUAACAACAGCAGAGAUAAUAUUCAGUUUAGUUCCCCGGUGGUAAAUAUUCUAAAGACAGCGUCACUAGAACUGAUGUCUAUAACACGACCACACAGCACAUUGCUUUGCUCCCACCUCAUACAAGCUCACUUCUUAUUAUCACUCUACAUUUUAUUUUCAAUUCUACUUUGUUUUUUUUAACGUUAUCGACUUAUUUUAUUAAAUAUGGACCUUGAAUAUUUGUACGUUAUUGAAUUAUCGUACAAUUUAUGGACAGGACCUUGACUGUUUUUACUUUGACUUAUUGUACAAUUUUUACCUCUAAUUGUUACGUUAACGACUUAACGUACAAUAUAUGGAUAUGAACUUGUUUUUACGUUAUCGACUCAAUGUACCAUUUAUGGGCAUGACCUUGUUUUAUGACUAUUUUAUUUUAACUUUAUCGACCUAUUGUAGGAUAUUUGGACAUAACUUCUAAUUUUGCGUUCAUGAUUUAUUGUAAAAUUCACAGACGAUAUUUUUAUUUAUUUGAGAUAUUUUAAUGUUUUUUCACAUCCCAAUGUCUGAAUAUUCUUUAGAAGUUCAUUCCUCUUUGAAAGGAAGCACAACUAUUAACUCAUCAUUAUAUCCGUGUAAUAUAAGCAUCUUAAAUUGACACUUAUAUCGUUUUUAACUGUUUCUGGGACAAUAAGUUGUCCAUCUGAAGUAGUGAUGGUGACGGGCCUGGAUGCACCAGCACCAGUGACGAGAUGUUCUUUAAUCCUCUCACACUGCAGUGCUUCUCCAGUGUGAAGUCUUCAUUUCGCACAUAUUCACUUGUGCAGUUAUUCAGGUUUCUCUCUUCCUGCUCACUCGAUGAAGGAAACUCGGCUUUCUCGUUGACGUGACGGUCAAACGGGUCCGGUUCCUGCAGCAGACCCGACGGUGACGGGUCACUAUUUUGUGUCUUUUGAGCUCAUUGUUGUGUGAAGUCACAGAGACUUGGGAGGCUUUUCUGGCUGCAGGGUUUUUGUCUCCAUCUGUGUGUUGGAUCACGUUUUGUUUCCCUCUGAACACAAGAGGCCGGUAACCUGAGCCGCUGCAGACAGGCCCACAUUCAGACCCGGCGGCUUCUCGUCUUCUCCGUCUGAAUGAAGCGUGAUCCCGGCUGAUGACGGACACGCCGCUCGAGCUGAUGUCCCAUUGGCCGAACUCAUUGCCCGUCGGACAGGUGAUGUCUCCUGUGGCAGGAAGAAUCCGUAGAGAGUUUAGACUGAAGCGGACGUCUCUCCCGGUCAUGCCGUUGGGUUGUGUCCCCCUGAGGCGGGGCGUCCUGAGGCGGUACAGGCCGGUUCCUCUGGCCCAGGCCGACGGAGCCUUCAGCUACAGCCGAGCCUCAAACAGGAGAGGCCUGCUGAGCUCUGGAGUGUGUGGCUGCUGUGGGCCCCUGAGGCCGAGGUACAAACGCCUGGUGGACAACAUCUUCCCCGAGGACCCCAAAGAUGGCCUCAGUAAGUCGGACAUGGAGAAGCUCACCUUCUACGCCGUGUCGGCUCCAGAGAAGCUGGACCGGAUCGGAGCGUACCUCGCCGAGAGGCUGAGCAGAGACGUGCUGCGACACCGCUACGGUAACGUGGUGAUAGCCAUGGAGGCUCUGGACCAGCUGCUGAUGGCCUGUCACUCUCAGAGCAUCAAACCCUUCGUGGAGAGCUUCCUGCAGAUGGUGGCCAAGCUGCUGGAGUCCAGAGAACCAGACCUGCAGGUCCUCGGGACCAACUCGUUUGUGAAGUUUGCCAACAUUGAGGAGGACACGCCGUCUUACCACCGCCGCUACGACUUCUUUGUGUCCCAGUUCAGCGCCAUGUGCCACUCUACCCACGAAGACCCCGAGACCAGAACCAGGAUCCGCGUGGCCGGGAUCAAAGGGCUGCAGGGCGUCGUGAGGAAGACGGUGAACGAUGAGCUGCAGGCCAUCAUCUGGGAGCCCCAGCACAUGGACAAGCUGAUCCCCUCCAUGCUGUUCAACAUGCAGGACAGCGAAGACCUGGACAGGGCGGGGCACCCCAGCACUCCCUCGGUGGCGGGUCAGGAUGGCGAGGAGAACCCGGCGGCGCUGGCUGAGAGCUGCUUCAGGGAGCUGCUGGGCCGGGCGGCCUACGGCAACAUGAACAACGCUGUGAGACCCGUGCUGGUGCAUCUCUCGGGCAAACACACUUUAGCUCCGUCCAAACAUGACGAGUCUUCAAUCCUUCUUUGUCUCUUUGUGGUCCAGGCUCAGCACUCCCACCACGUCAUCCAGCAGGUUCUGAAUCACCUGGACACCAACAACAAGAACACACCGCGGGUCAGAGCCGGCAUCGUCCAGGUCCUCCUGGAGACGGUGGCCAUCGCCGCUAAAGGCUCAGUGGGCCCCACCGUGCUGGAGGUGUUCAACACGCUGCUCAAACACCUGAGGAUGAGCGUAGACUUCGAGCUGGGCGAGAGCUCCAGGAGGAACUCCAGCAUCAGCGUGUCUUCAGGUCGCAGCAAAGAGAGCGAGGAGAGGAUCGUCCAGAACGCCAUCAUCCAGACCAUCGGCUUCUUCGGUGGAAACCUGCCAGACUACCAGCGCGCUGAGGUCAUGAUGUUCGUCAUGGGCAGGGUGCCCGUCUACGGGACCCCCUGCCACACCUUGGACACCGUGAAGAUCGGGCAUCACGGCACCAAGCGGAUCCAGACCAUGCUGCUCAGCUCGCUCAUCAUGGUAACCUCUGGCUUUAAGUCCAAGUCCAUGGCAGCUGCGUUGCCUCCUCCCUUCCUGGAUCCGCUCUUCUCCAUCUCACUGAUGGAGGAGAGCGAGCUGAGGCAGCUGGUGCACGAGAUCCUGCACAACAUCAUCGACCGCCAUGACAACCGCGCCAAGCUGCGCGGCAUCAGAAUCAUUCCUAAUGUUGCAGCAUUGAAGAUUAAAAGAGAGAAGAUUUCCAAGCAAGACGUUGCAUUCAUGAAGAAGCACGGCCAGCAGCUCUACCGUCACAUCUAUCUGGGCUGUAAAGAGGAGGACAACGUCCACAAGAACUUUGAGCUGCUCUUCACCACUCUGGCUAUUCUGACCAUCGAGCUGGCCAACGAGGAAGUGGUCAUCGACCUCAUCCGGCUCUCCAUCGCCCUGCAGGACAUGGCUCUGGCUAACGAGGAGAACAUGCCGAUGGUAAUCCGCUGUGGUGUCAUGGCGUUGGUGGCGGCAUACCUCAACUUCCUGAGCCAGAUGGUCGCCAACCCUCCGUUCUGUCAGCACGUCAGCAAGGUUAUUGAGCUGAGGACCAUGGAUGCUCCGUUCCUCCUCCCGGAGCACAUCUUCAGAGACAAGUGUGCGCUCCCUGAAUCUCUGGACAAGGAGGACAGACAGCUGUACUUCCAGACGGCCGACAUGGCGGAGUGUCUGGCUGGACCGGGAUACAACGCAGAGAGACUCUCCAUCCCAUACAUUCCCCAGGUCACAGAUCUAGAUCGUCUGAGCAGGAGGAAGAGUUUCGUGGACACAAUCUCCCUUCAAGUGGACAUCGUGUCCAGCAGCCUUCCAGACAAGUCGCAGCUCGCUGAGGAGAUCACCUUCGAGACCCUGAAGAAGGCCAUCGACACCACCGGUCUGGAGGAGCAGGAGAGGGAGAAGAGGCGUCAGGUGAUGGAGAAGUUCCAGAAAGCUCCGUUUGAGGAGAUCGCUGCUCAUUGCGAGUCCAAGGCGAACAUGUUGCACGACCGGCUGGCACAAAUCUUCGAGCUUACGAUUAGGCCUCCACCCAGCCCGUCCGGAGUGGUCUCCAUCUCAUCGGGUCACACUCAGCACCAGUCCGUCCCCGUCUACGAGAUGAAGUUCCCAGACCUGUGUGUGUACUGAUCACACCUCCACCACAACAGCUGGACUUCAAACAAUGAUCAGAAGAUAACCACUCACUCACACUCUGUGUCUGUGUGUCCUCGACUCAGACCAGCACAGAGGUGUCACACAGCAAAACAGACAUCUGAGAUUUGAUAUGAUAAAAUGUAACUUCCUUAAUCUCACGUAGAACCUCGGCCACAGGCUGAAAACGCUACUUCUAAAUCCCCAAUCUCCUGUCCUCUUCUUAAAAUACUGGUCUUCUUGUUAGAAGUGGAGCUCCAGCCCCUCCGGCUCUACGUCAACUGAUUUGCUGCACAUUAUUUCCCGACUCAAACCCCUGGAACUAAACUAAACCCAAGAGUCGGCAAGAACAAAGAGAAGUGAAGCGCUUCCACUCUAACGUCAGUGUACAGAAGUCCAAUCUCAUGCUGCUACCCAGCAUGCCGCUGGUGCAGCUAAAGCUUCACACCUUGUACAUACGCCGCAAGUAAAACCAGUUCUAGGCCUAAACGUUGCGUCUGGUCUUAAGUUGCGAUGCUUCUUCUUCUUCUUCUUCUUCUUCUUCUUCUUCUUAACAAGCGUCUGCUCUUAUUUUCAGUAGGUGUCGGUGUCACAAAUAUGUAGAAAUGUACAAUAUAUUAGUGCCAGAGAGAGGAGAACUGGGAUAACUUCACAGGUGGUAGAGAGAUUUAGGGCUCACUGCUUCACGGCCGGUCCAACCUGUUCAGUCCAGUUCUGUCGUGUGUGUGUGUGUGUGUGUGUGUGUGUGUGUGUGUGUGUGUGUGUGGAAAUGAGUUGAAAGCAAUACGUGCUGUGAACUGCUCGGCUAUUCGGCCAACGCUUGUUUCAGUGGAAAAGUCUCGCUCACGGUCGCUGGUUCUGAUCCAGAAUGUUGCGUUCCAGAGAAACUGUAAAAGUCAAAUAUCCAGACUGGACUGUUUGAAACCUUCGGGAACGUUACCGUGCUCUUGGUUCAUGGUCGGGUUCUGUUCACCAGCAUCUUCAAUGUUUUCCAUUUCUUGCUCUCGUCUGUUGGUUUUAAGUCCCAACGAGCUCAAAGCUCACGUGGUCUCUGAGCUGCUGGACGUCCUGCUGAGAGACGUCAGGAGUGUCGGGUUAGCAGCCGCGUUCCUCAAAAAUGAACCAGUCAACUAACGGGGAGAGAUCGCAGAAACAUGCACAUAUAUUGUCAGGAUCUUGUAGAUAAUGUUCAUCACCAGCCUGAUGUUUUUCAGUGUAAAUAAAUGUGGUUUGUUUCCAGACAGACGUUCUUGCAUUGGAUAGAAUAUUUGACUUCCAACGUCUUGAAAAGAAAUCCGGCAUGUUGUGAAAAUAAACUUAAACUGCAAUAUACUGAAGAGUUCCAUCGAGGGUUAAUAAUCUAAUGUGCGUUAGAAAUACGUUCAUGUCGGAUUCAUGUAUCUGGAAUUAGUUCCUGCACUUUUGUCUCAACGUAUUACGCCACUUCUUAACAUAAGGAAGAUAUUCCAGCACCAUAAUCAGACUGAUAUCUUUAGCUGAUGUCUUUCACAGCGGGGACGUCUCUGUCUCUUUCCUCAAGAUAGAAUUUGUAUUAGCUUUUUUGACGACAAUGAAGGAAGUAUAGAAAUGUAUAAAUCCACAACAACAACAAACGGUGUCUCAGUUGCACUUGUUGCUGUUUCUCCAUCACUACUUUAAUGGAUGGACGAUAACGUGCUUAACCCACAAACUAACCUCUGAUUGGUUGAUUAUGUCUACAAACAGCUGAGAUGACCACCGGGGGGCGCUACGCCACACCCCAGAGACGUGAGCAGCGAUUCAGGCCUGAUCUGCCCCCUAGUGGAUACACCUUUAAAUCUCCCAUAUACACAUAGUCAGCCAAGUAUAUGAAGAAAGCAGCUUAUGUGUUAAAAUCGAGUAUUUAAGCGCUUAUAUUGAAUGUGAUGAUAAUGUAGCUGUUUGGCUGCAGAACUCUACCAGCAGCAUUAAAUAUAUAUGUAUUUCUGUGGAGUUAGAUUUUGCACGCUGAUUUUGAACAGUCGGUGCGUCCACCAUGAUGCGUCUCCAUUCCCACCUGCAUCUUUCAGCUCCUCUCAGCUUCUAAACAGACUAACUGACCUCGUUCCGCUUCCAUGAGUUAAAAAUCUAAAACUACUGAAUGUUAUCAGAGGCGGCGAGCGGCUCUGUGGGGGAGUUUCAUAGUAAAAUAAGAGACCAGCAGCAGCUCAUCAAAGUUAACCCCCCAAUCCACCUUCGGACACCAGGCGGGGACAUUUGGAGGAUUGAAUCAUCUUUGCUUAUCAGUCACCACGAGGCCACGAUUCCUUCUCAGAAUGGGGUCAGAGGCGGCGUUUCUGGAGAUGGUUUUCAUAUCUGCUGCAGCUGUGAUCUGUGAUAACAGAUGGUUAUCAGUGUUUCCUCUGAUCACAGCUCAGUGAUGGAAGGAAAAGCAUCCCCGCAGUCGGAGGCAGACGCCUGCUGCCAUCGUUGGGUCUGAGCAGCUGGUUCAGGCUGAAGGCCGGUGGUUCCCGUCUCACUCCCAGAUGAUUGGUUUGUUUGUGCAGAAUCAGAUGGUGAACGAUGGAGAAAUCAGAUGGUGAACGAUGGAGAAAUAAGAUGGAAAAGUGGAUGAAAGAGACGAGGAAGAAGGGAUGUUUGUGGUUCAGAUGGUUUUUGUACGUCAAAGGUUGUCGAGCGCAGGUUUGUGUUGCCGAACGAGAGAGGUCGGCCGAGUGUUCUUUGAAAUCACCAACGUGAGCGCCGAUACAUCUGGCUGGUAUCUGGUCUUCAUCAGAAGCCGUUUUCUGUCCUGGCUUUGAAUCACACGUUGUGUGAGCGUAGGACGGCUGGACCUGGAUCAGUAAAGAAUGCACGUCGAUGCAGCAGACGGUGAGUCUCAGCAGCUGUAAAUAACGUCCGUACAGUUCAAGUGGAGGAUGAGUGGAGCCCGUUCACUUGCAUCGCUUCGGGUCUGAGGGUCCUGUGAUCAGUAGGGUUAGCAGAGGUUAGCAGAGGUUAGCAUUGGUGCUGUCCUCUUAGAGUAUAAGUAACGUUAGCCGAGUUAGCAACAAAUCACAAGAUUCAUUUAGUAGCUUUUCUGGAGUUUUCAUCAGAUGGACUUUAACAGAAGUCAUGGACAAGACAUUUAGUCUUUUCAGCUAUGUCUCUGCAAACCCAUGACGAGAAGGGUGUUCUGGGUAACUACCGCCUCUAAGUCUCAAGGAUGCAUCAAAGGUACGCGUCACGUGAGCUGAUUGGUUGAUUGGUACGGGUGUGUAAUAAAAGAUCACUUUCACCAGCGUGCAGCCCGAAGAACAUGUUUCAGCCUCUAAACGUAAACCUCAAAUCCAGUUCGGUCCGUUUAGUGGUGAAGAUUACAGAAUAACGACAUGACCCCCAGCUCAAUCCUGUCCCAUAACGCUUCACCUGAGACGCACCGUGUGUGUUGGCAGGUAUGCAGCUGUGACCGUGAUCAGACAGUCAUCCAGAUCGGAGCUUAAUUGCAGGUUUAAGUGGAGUCUUAGUCUUCUUCUGUUCUGAAUGUGAGGUUUAGCUCGCUGCUAGACAUGCUAACAGCUAAACAUGCUAACAGCUGCAGAUGUUUGAAUAAAGGGCAGAACUCUGAGCCUCACAGAAAUAAAGAUGCGUUGACGUUUCCCUCUGUAUGAAACGAUAUCCUCCACUGAACGCGGUCUGUCUUCUGUGCAUAUCGACGCUGCGUAAACGUCUGAGCUUUACAUGCAAACUCUUAUGAUCUCAUAUCAUAGCUGUACUUAGAAACAUGCAUCAUGUGAACGAACUGCAUGAUAUCUCAACAGUCAGAAUCUUUUUCACAAAAUCAGAAUUUAUCUUCAAAGUGAUGUGGACCGAGCGCAGUGAACACGCCACUGAUCUACAGCCUGGAGGACAUGAUCACUUCCUUUAUGAACGUGUCAUUAUAGCAGUAAAUCAUAUAUUUUUGUACAUGUUAUGCAUCAUGUGUGGAUACGUUGUUGCCUGGUAGAGAUUAGGAGGCCGCUCGUCGAUCUCGUUUAUUGAGACCAAGACGGACGCUGAUUUAUUUUCACUUUCACACUGUUGUUGUUUACUAUGAAGUCGGUUCAGGGUUUCAAUGGGAUCGUGCAGUUCUUCUCAAUACGGGAGAAAUGCUCCCGUUUAUCAAAAUGUUACUUGAUUAUUGUUUUAUUAUAGAAUCCAUUAUGUCAUUAAAAUGUGCUGAGAGAUGAAUUAUUAUAUCAUAGUUAUUUUUGCACAGAUGAAGUGAAUGAAUCAUUGAGUUCUUUCUUCAGGAAGUUGCAGCUUCGGUUUUAAGAAUAAAAGACUUCCAGACGUCUCUGAUCGAGUGAAUCUGGACCUGAAGCUGCAACUUCCUGUCAGGAGUCAGAGCCGACCGAUGAAGUUUAAACAGAACUCAAUCAUCUGAAUCAUCAUCGCUGUGACUUGUGAUGAGCUUAACUUCAUCUAAACUUCACUUUAUCUCCAUCAGUCGUUUGAAUGGCAGCAGAUGUAUUCAGAUGAAAUGCUGUUAAUAAGCGUCAGAAUGAAAUAUGUUUGCACUUUGACCUCUGUGUACCUGGUACUAUAGCAACAAUGAUGAGCGUGUGGUACCCCCAUCUUCAGAGCUCUUCUCUCCCCGAUGUGCAGUCUGUGGAACGUUGUUAGAAUGACGUCAUGUGAACGUGAGGAAAGUCCUCCUGAGCGGUGACCAGAGUCAGCAUCAAGUCUUAAUGUCUUAAUAUCUGUAAGAGCAGAGAUUAGAUCCUCUCCCUGCUGACCUGCCUUACUUCAGGAUGACGGACUUUCUUCAGUUCACCGGCUGAGUUCUGGAUAAAAAUGAACAGAAGAACAGAAGAGGAAGAGAGCUUCUGAAGAUGUUCUCUUAUGUUUGAUGUAAAUGUUUGUAUUUGUGUGCCGGUUGUAGAGAUUCACGUUGUCUGUUCAGCCUUCACAGCGACGCACCGCUGAAGCUCAGCGAGGACUUUAACCACUAGACAGCGCCGAGGUUCUGCUGCAAGCGUCAGUCUGACCUCCGCUUCCCUCGACGUGUUUGAAUCACUCGCUUCAUUUCAUCCGUGUGUCAUCAUUCAUUACAAAAUCAGCAAAUCCUCAAACUAUUAUCGAUUAACCGACAAAUAAUGUUCAGUGUUAACGUGUUCAGUCCUUAAGUUCACCUCUAAUCCUUCAUGAGUCAUCUGGAUGAAGUCUGAAGACCUAAACGUGGAACCAGCAGCAGUGAGAUCAGCUGUUCAGCAGAACCUCAGCGCUUCAUCAGAUUCUGUUUCACAGUAAAGUGUUGGUGGAGAUCGAUGUUCCAGAAUCUAAUAAAACGUUUCUAUCAACUGA